GUUUGUCCGCUUCCACGUCGUCCGUUCGUUCGGUCGUCCGUCCGCCCGUCCGUGUCUGUCCGCGUCUUCGGCGCGAUCACCGUACUCGCACGGCGUCGUUCCGAAUCCCCGGAGACUCCGUCUGAUUGUCUCGCACAAACGCGAUUCGUUUUGGUUCGUCUUGUCGAUUUGUUUUUAUCUCUAACCGAUUUUCACCUCUGUCGAACUCUUUCGUGUCUCCGUAUCCGGAGCGUGAAACUUUCGCGUGAUCAAUUCGCGGGUGCAUCCCCUCACUGUCCCGACAUUCAUCGUCGUUCAGCGAUUCCUUUUUUCCGAAAAAAAAAAAUAAAUUAAUCACCAAGACCCGGUUCACUGUCGUACGCGACACGACACAUCCGAUAGUGACGAGUGAAACGAUUUUCGUCGUUCAUCUUCGCCGCACCGGAACAUUGGCCGUUGCGGCAGUCAGCAUCGUCUACGGGUGUCGAUCUAGUACGAUUUACGACAGUCCGGUCAUCUCGUGACACACGUAAAUCUGCUGCAGCGGACGAGGACGAGACAAUUCUUCGCUCGCGCAUGAGGGAAGAGAUAGUCGCGUUGCAGUGAUCGUCGCUGGUUGGCCGACCGCCGUCGCCACCACCACCGCCGACGCCUCAGCUUUAACAGUACCCUUAUGACGAGGACGACGACAACGACCACCGCGAUGACGGCGAUCGCGGUCUGGUGCGUAGCCGCCGUGCUGGGCGCCGCCGGUGGUCUGGUGUUGGACGGCACCUACGGCCAGUUCCGGAAGUGGAACGCGGGUGUCAACGGCACGCUGGAGAUGGAGUUCAAGACGAGGUCGCCAAACGGUCUACUCAUGUACACUGACGACGGCGGCACGUACGACUUUUUCGAGCUGAAAAUGGUGGAAGGCACCAUGCGGCUGCGGUACAACCUGGGCGCCGGUGCCCAGAUACUGAUGGCCGGCCACGACCUGUACGACGGCCGCUGGCACCGGGCGGCCGUCGAGCGCCGCGGCCGCGUCACCGCCCUGACCGUGGACAACGCGACCAGCGCGGCCGUGUCCGCUGGCAAAGAGCUGCAGUUCGGCCGGUUGGCGUCCAACUCGGCCGUGUAUGUGGGCGGAAUGCCAGGCUGGUACAACGGCCGGCUCACCAGACUCGCGUUGCCCAGCGUCAUUUUCGAGCCUCGGUUCAACGGUGCCGUCCGCAACAUCGUCUACACUGACGACUUUUAUCCGUACCCGAGGCGGCAGACCGCCGUCACCGAUACAGCCCGACAACCAAAGUGUACCGGUACAAGAUGUCGUCGUACGCUGAAUAGAGAAAAAAAGUCAAAGGUUAAUGGUGGAGGAAUUAACGGGAAUCGCCGUGGUGGAGGUAAUUCAGAUGCAUGUGAAAAACACGAUCCUUGUCAACAUGGUGGGAUUUGCAUAUCUACAGACGAUGGCCCAAAAUGUCAAUGCCGCGAUAAAAAUUUUGAAGGAGCCUACUGCGAGAUAGAUAAGGUAACGGCAGAAGCUUCAUUUACUGGAGGAGAAUUUUUGAAAUACGCAUUCGAUGGCAACACUGAAGGAGAUUCAUUCGUAUUACACUUCAAAACUAAAAAACCAGCUGGACUACUUUACCACAUGGGAGAUGGCUCAAGUAACUACUUAAACGUAGGUAUCGUCACUGGUGGUAUUACAGUGACCAUGAGAGUAGGCACAGGCUCACUGGAUAUGUUUAUCAAGCCAAACAGAAUACGGUUCGAUGAUAAUCAAUGGCAUAAGAUAUCAGUGACACGCAAAGUACAAGGGAUAUCUGCAGUUACCAGUUUUUGCAAGCUGGCCGUGACAGUAGACGAAGUUUACGGCGAACAAGGGAGUUCUGCCGGUGCGUUUACGUCCUUGACCCUAGGAUACUUAUACCUGGGUGGCAGUGAGAACACCGUUGCGUUGCCGGGCACAAAAGCGAGCACAAACUUUGUGGGAUGCAUUCGAAAAGUGGAGUAUACUUCCGAUGGCGUAAAUAAAUACGAUUUCUUAGAAAUGGGAAAAACUGGCAUUUCGACUAUACAAGUAUAUGGCCGAUUGCAAUUUUCGUGCCAAGACUUUGGAAUGGACGAUCCUGUGUGUCUAUCUACGCCCCGAUCAUUCCUCAUGCUGCCUAACUGGGACGGUACGACUAGUGGUUCGAUUUCAGUAAAGUUUCGAACCAACGAGCCAGAUGGUCUAUUAUUUUUCAGCAGAGGUCAAACUGAACAUACUUCUGGUAUUUAUGCGGUUGAAAUGGUUGACGGACGACUUUACGUGUAUUUGGACUUGGGCGCUGGCGGUACUCGUGCUGAAGUGAGUUCGGAAAAGACUAAAGUCAACGAUGGCCAAUGGCACGAAUUUUCGAUAUGGCGCAAUGAUAGAGAUAUACACUGCACCGUAGACGAUUAUUCUUCAGAUUUCACAACAAACGGCGAUUCUAAUCAGUUACACCUACAGAACGGCAUCAUGUUGGGAUUUGGUGGUCGGGCGGUGUACCACAAAAAAAUACCGUCUGGCGUGUGGACACUUUCAUUGGAAACGGGAUUUGUAGGAUGCGUGCGUGACCUCGUCUUGGAUGGUGUAGCAAUCAAUUUGGUCAGCUCAUCUCUAGAACAAGAUCAUAUUUCCGUAACACCACAUUGCCCUGAAUCUACAAACAGUUGCAAAUCAGAUACUUGUUACAACGGAGGAAUUUGUCACGAAGGUUGGAACCGUGUGAUAUGUGACUGUUCUAAUACCGAAUACGCUGGUGCAACUUGCAUGAAAGAAUCGUCCAUGUACAGUUUUAACGGAACACAGUACGUACAAGCAAUUAUGCCAGAAAAGAUGACAACUCAAGUUGAAGAUAUGUAUUUUCGAUUUAAAACAAAUAGACCGUUGGCCGUGUUAAUGAAGACUUUCGAUAGUUCAUGGGAUAGACUAGAAAUCGCAUUGAUAGUUGGAAAAAUUAGAUUGGCCAUAAAAAUCGGUGACAAAGAAAAGGUGGUUUUAUGUGGAUCUCAUUUAGAUGAUAAUAACUGGCAUUCGGUGCAUUAUAUUAGAAGAGCGCAUGAAAUUCGUUUGAAAGUGGACAAUGUCACUGUAAAAAACGAUUCCGAUAUGGAAGAUAAAAUAACACUUAAAUGGCAAGGUCUAUUAGUUGGUGGCACGCCUCCUAAAGAUCCAGAUGCUUUAGCAAAUCUCCCCAGCUUUAUCGGUAGCAUGCAACAGUUUAUACUAAACAAAAUCAAUUAUUUUGAUCUUGCGAAAAUUUCAACCAGAGGCUUUCCGGAAGACUUACCCAAAGUACACAUGACCUCUAAAUACCAAAAACAAGAAAAGCCCCCUUCGUUGGUGAACACGGUUACGUUCCUAUCAAAGAAUACGUUCAUAGGAUUGCCGCCAUUAAAGGCCUACUCCAGAAUGGAAGUAUACUAUAGAUUUAAGACUAAGCACACAUCCGGAUUGUUUUUCUAUAAUGGUGGAAAACACAACGAUUUUGCACUGGCUGAACUGAUCAAUGGCCAUAUACUUAUCAACAUCCGUUCAGGUACGCACGUGAUUCGUCUUCGGGACUCUUCGAAGAACAGUUAUAGUGACAACUACUGGCAUUCGGUGCACUUGUUACAAAUAUCAGCUACUAUGUUUUGUUUACUUAUCGACGAUCAGAUAGCAUCAAUCGCGACUAUUUCUAGACCCCACAAUAUACAAUUAAACGGAAUGUUUUAUGUUGGUGGUGUGCCUAAAGAACUGCAUAAACGGCAGUCAAAGCAUAUACACUCGAGACACGGGUUUGAGGGAUGCAUGUCCGGUCUGGAAUACAAUGGCGAAUCUCCAGACAUGGUAGAGAACGCCACCAUACCUAGCACACUCAUCACAGUGGGUUGUGACGGACUUAGCAAAAUGUGCACGCAAGACAUGUGUGACAACCAUGGGACGUGCGUGGAACAGUGGAAUUCGUAUUCAUGCGAUUGUGACAUGACUGCGUUCGUUGGACCGACGUGUUCUGAACCUUCUAUUUCCUACGAUUUUGGCCCAGAUGGGGGUCUUGUAACAUAUGCGUUCCCCGACGGACGCCAACCAGAUAUGCAAAACGAUCUAUUGGCUUUGGGUUUCAUCACGUCUAAGUCUAGUGGUGUGCUGUUUCGUGUAGAAAGUGGCACUUCUGGUGAUUACCUACAGCUUGAAAUGGUGAAUGGGCACAUAGUAGUAGUUUACAACGUUGGGACUAAUGAUCACCCCAUCGGUGAAGCUAAUAUCUUAGUGAAUGACAAUUCCUAUCAUUUGAUCAGAUUUGUAAGGUCGGGGCCAAACUCAACAUUACAGGUGGACGAUAAUAGUAUGCAAACUCUGUACCCCUCAGGACACCAACUCAGCGUUUUCAAUAGACAGUCAACAAUUCAAGUUGGUGGUAGGUGGAAUAAAACCAAACAACGUAUUGAAGACGCGUUCGAAGGAGUUAUGGUUGGGUUAGUCUUUAAUGGUCUCAGAGUAUUUGACUUGACAGCGAACAGAGAUCCGAGGACAACCAGCAAAGGAGACGCGCAACAGUUGUCAUCAAUUUUGGACAGGCUGAACGAACACUCUCUGUUGGAUACCAUGCAACAGACACCAGCGUCUGGUGUAAUGGACGACUUAGUAUACUCUGGAGCAGGAUCUGGUUGUAAUCACGACGAUGAAGACCAGUGUACAGUUACGUUUGAUGUUGGGUCUGGAGAUGACUUGAUUACACCUGUGUAUGUACCUCCAACAGUUGUACCACCUCCAUCAUUAGUAACUGAUGUCCCCGGAGCGUGUGAUGACGAAGAAACCGACUGUAUUACAGGUUCAGGAUUUGGCCCUACUUCUUCUACUGAUGAUUCAGCCACAACUAUUAAAAGUUCGCAUGCGGUGGUGACGACGUUCAAUGGCGUUACCAACCGGACGACGACGACGACCGUCAACCGAACCGCAGGGGUGGAACAGCAUUCGACGAACAAGACUAGUGGGUCGGCGACAACGAGUACCGCGGUCCCGGCCACUAACCAGACAGAGCCAUACUGGUCGUCGGCCGCCACGACCACCGCGACGAAAACGGCCACGCACUCGAGGGCGCCCGGUACGGCUGUGACCGUGACCGCGACCGCGGUCACGAACACGUCGAGCGGUUCGGCGGACGUGUCAUCUUCUGGCGGCGGCAACGAAAAGUCAACCAGCACAGACACUGGAACCGUGGUCACCUCAUUCACGAGUACCACCAGCACCACGACGCACUCGACGUUCUUCGACAGCGACGACAAGGAGACGAAUGUGAAAUCGGGCGGCGGCGGUUACGAAUACGGCGGCGGCAACCGUUACGGCGGUGGUUACGACGAACGCGACGGCGAGACGAUGAUGACCACGCCAAACGUGGUGUUCGGUGGUGAUCAUUUCCCGCCGGCGGCCAAACCGACGCCGCCCAAGCACGCCGAGCCGCCCAUCAACACGAAAGCGGCCGAGAGCACAGCGUUCGUAGUGCUCGUCACGGCCGCCACGCUCAUCAUCAUCGUGCUCAUCAUACUGCUCGUGCUCAAAGUCAAGUACAGAACCGACACGAACAGAUAUAAGAUCGAAAUGCCCAAAGCUUACGGAGCGCCCGUCGACCAAGGCUCGGACAGGGGUGGCUUGUGCCAUCAGCAGCAGCAGCAGCAGCAACAGCACCUCCAUCACCAGCAGCAGGCCAACUUGCUGUCGCCGGGCAACUAUCCGUCGUCGGCGCAGUCGUCGCCCACUUACGCGCACAACAACUUCAGGCCGCACAGCGGCGGCGGCGGUGUCGGCGGCAUGGUCGGAGUGAGCAACAAGCCGAAGAAGAGACAGGACGUGAAGGAGUGGUAUGUGUGAGGCGGUCAGGCGUACACGUGCCGUACGCUAACCGCCGUACCCAUACGGCAUCACUCGGAAAACAAUAACGAUAAUAAUACGCCCAAAUAUUAUUAUACCUACGACCUAGUAUUGUGUAUAUAAGCGUGUACGAUAACGUUAUCAUGUUUUAGGUACAUAUAUAUAUAUAUAUAAUUAUAAUUAAUAUUAUUAUUGUGCAAUAUUGUAAAAUGUAUAUAAUAGUGUGCAUUGUAGGUAUUGCGUAUAACAUUAUACGUCAUUAUAUAUAAGUAUAACCGAUGUAAAUAAUAUAUUGUAUUUCGAGAGCCCCCACGUACCUCUACCUACGGUCCGUAUUUGCGUGUUGGUAUCGAUGGUUACCACACGUGGUAUGCGCCGAUUGCAAUCAUAGCAAUGUUAUAUAUUAUUAGGUACCUACCUAAUACCUACCACACGCGUUAUACGUGCAAAUACCGCGCGCGUGAACGUUGAAGUUAGCCUGCUACCGUUAAGCUGCUUAAUCCGCGUGUGUUACAUAAUUUUAUAAUAUUGUUUAAGCAAUAUUAUGUCUUACGAUAAAAAAUUGUUUAUGGAGUGUAAUAUUAAUAUUUAAUUAUUAUAUUCACAAUUUACUAUAUUUGUAUUUUAAUGUAAUAAUAGUAUUUCCUAUCCUAAACGAGCAUAAUUAUUGUAAUUUACGAUCAUAUUGUAUUCAAAAAAAUAUAUCACCCAUCGACCAUGUCAAAAAUCGUCUGCAAGACUUUAAUGAUAAUGACUAUAAGUACGUUCUGCCCCCCAUCGAGAUCGUGGACAAUUUUUAAAUAUUUACAAUGAUUUGCUAGGCUAUGCGUUCGGAUAAUAUUAUUAUUUUAUAUUAAUUAUUAUUAUUAGACGCGUGCAAUUUUUAUUUAUAUCGACUUUUUUUUUGUUUUUCUUAACAUAUUCCCAAUACUAUAAUAUUUUGUGUUAUUAUUCUUCUAUCCUCCACAAUAUCCAUGCUAGUUAGGCAACUUCCGAAAUCGAUUAUAUUUUAAUAAUACUAUUAUGGGUAGGGUUAGAAUGUUUAUGGCCUUAAUAACUCUAAAAAAAAUUAUUCAAAUAUACCAAGAAUAUAACAUAAUAUAUGUACCAUACAUGGAAUUUUAUAAACAUCCCUUCUCUUAAGAUAUUUAAGUAUUAUCUUAUAAAUUGCAUUAAAUGAUUGUAUCAUUCAUUUAUAUUAUUCGUUCAAAACAUAAUACCUACACAUUUUAAAUAGCUCGCGUUAUAUACGUCAGUGGCGUCGUUUGGUGGGUGACAAGGUAGAUGUUUGCCUCUAUCUGAUUUUAAAAACUGGUAAGAUUAGUAAUCAUAAUCCACUAUAGUUUAAAAUUUAAUCUAUUCUAUGGUUUUGUUUCUAUGCAGUUGGUACGAAAGUAUACUUACUAAAUUUAAAACAAGAAUAUAUGCACUAAUAGCUUAGAAAUAUUUUUAUUAUUUAACCCUGU